UCAAGACUGUUUGGCAACACUUGGCCAAAAUCUCGACACGAUUUGUGUUACUCUGGCGAAAAACAAAGCAUUUGCAGAGGAGGGUUUAUACCAAAUCAAUGCCUGGAUCUAGUGUUCUUCGCGGUCAAUAAAAGUUGACAUUCCUUGCGAAUGUUAGUCUGUGCAGUGCGCACGUGGAAUUCAGCGAGCUAGCGCUACCCAAGGCGAUCAGUGAGCUGCUGGAGCACAUCUGGCCACAAGAGUAGCAGAGGAGAAGAAUAAAGACGACGCUCACAGUAUAAUCAUCUGACCUCCAUCAGAUCAUGAAUCAGUUUUCCGCGCGAGAUGUAUGAAUGAAUUCAACGUACAUUCAAGCUCCCUUCAAAGCCUGCAUUCGUGUCCAUAAUUUAUACGGGGCCUAGGGAGAUCAAAGAGUUGCAGCCUGAUCAGAGAACUUCUUUCCUUUGAAUGCCUACUUCUGCUGUUGGUGCGGCUGAUGGCGAGUCGAUUACGUCGUGGACAAAAGGUGGGUUCUCAGUGGGCAGCUUUUCUGCAGUCACACAGGAGACCUACUGCAAAGACACAGUCUCAGCGCCCUCGUGUUCCAAAGAACCUGUCCGUUGAGAUUCCGGAGUCGAAGGAGUUUUAUGAUACGCCAACACUGAAGGUCGGAGUGGGCAUGGUUGCUGUAGCGAUUAUUGCCAAGCUAACAAUGAUGUACGACGAAUCACAAGAGGAAGAGCGCGUGGAGCGCAAAGCCAGAGAGAUGGUUGAGCUCCAGGCCAAUCAGCCAAAGGUUAUAUCAAGAGAGCUAUGGGAUCAUCUUCAACAAUUACCACCACGGACACCCUUUGAAUCCAGGAUUGCUCGUGAUAAUGCGCGAAUAAGAACGGGAGAUCCCCUGAGCAUGGAGGAUGUGAAGGACUGGGCUACUGACGUUAUCACAGAUGCAUUAGCAAGAAAGGAAGACUCGCUUCAGCGCUGAUUGCCGGAGUGCAGUCCCUUGACUCAUGUUGAGUCCAUAGGCGCCAAAUUCCUGUGAGUUGUUAACGAUAUUACAUUCAGCUGGAAUUGUGGCGGCUUAUCAGUAACUUUCUUCUUUUUCAGCAAAUGUGGGGACUUAGCAAGAUAUGGAACAUGUGCAUAACUCAUUUGUACGGUCGUUUUAUUAACACGGAGCAGAUACUAGCCAGGUCUUGUGAAGGCUGGAGGGUUCUUGUGCGUUAAAGAGAUGAGGUCGGUUUUGAUCUAUAUACGACAUCGAACUCGUGGGAAAUAGGGCCAUGACAGGUUUCUUUUUCCUUUGGGAUAUCCUGAUCAUUAUUGUUAAUAAAGCCAUUGCUAUGGGUUUAUCUGGGGUAAAAACAUGAUACUUUUUGUAAGGUGUUCCGAAAGUUGGGGUGCAAAUUUGAUUUUAUUCUGCCAUUAGUUUUUUCCAAUCCUCGUGGGUGCUAUGGCCGGUUCUCUUGUGAACAUCCCUGCUUUUUCACCACGUGGAUCACUUCGGUGGUGAAGCUUUGCAAGAUUUGCAAGAUACUGCUCAUGUUUCAUUUCUUGGAUAAAAGUUGCCGCUAAUCCAGAUGUAUGGU